ACAACAUUUCUAUCAUGGGUGUGUACUGCGAAAUCAACUUGUUUAAGCCAGUAGACGGUGUGUACACGCCAGGAAGCACAGUUUCAGGUAAGAUCAAGUAUUGUUUGGACAAAGAAACUGUUUUUAGUAAGAUAAUAGUGUCUCUGAAAGGGCAUGGGUGGCUGGUACUUGACGAUGACUUUCAGAAGUCCAAUGAUCAACUGUGUACAUACAGGAAUUCAGAAAACUAUGUGGAUGUAGAAAAUAUUAUUUAUGAUAAUGUAAAAGGAGAACCAUUGCCCGCAGGAAGUUAUGAGACUGAAUUUAACUAUCAACUACCACAAAACAUACCAGGGUCACUGAAAUAUAUGAACAAAAGCCCUCAAUACACAGUUUGGUGUAAUAUAAAAUACUAUGUCCGCAUCAAAUUUGAAAAGUCAGAGCUAUUAAGUUUCAACAAGCAUUACAAGAAGAAAAUAACUGUUGUUUCCGGAGUGACACCAAGAUUGCCAACUGAACCAACCGUUUACGGAGAACAGACAAGUUUGUUUCAAUUAGGCUCUUUAUUUUCAAGCAAGAAGAGCAUUGUGAACAUUAAGGCUACUGUAGCCAACUCCGUACUGAAACCCGGUGGCAGUGUUAAAAUUGACUAUGAAGUUGAGAACAGUACAAAUCUUACUUUAAAGGCAGUUGAGAUAAAAUUAAUUCAAGUGGACUCCUUUACAGUAAAAGGAAAGAAAGAGGCAAGAAUUGAGGAAGAUGUCAAAGAAACUGAUAUUAAAUAUGGUGCCAUGCAGAGUGGUGAAACCAAAACAUUCUCGGAUGAGAUUACCAUUCCAGCUGGGCUUGCAUCAUUAGAUCAUUCGAAGAUUAUAGCCAGAGAUUAUGCUGUAGCUAUUACCGCUGUGAUACCAAUGCCACACCGUAACUUAGUGCUGGAGAUACCCAUACAAGUGGUUGAUAGACUUGAAAGUUCUCUGGAAGCUAGUGGGUCCGCACCACCUUCUUAUUGGGAGGCUAUGGGUGAAGAAAAAAAGGAAGUACUGGGAAGGGAUGAUAGUUCUGAUGAGGAGAAGGAGAAAUCUUGAAUGUUUGAGGCUUGCUGAAAUGAAAUCAAAUUUAAUGCUAUCUUAUUAUUUAAUUUGAUGUGUUUUUGCAGUUAACAGUUGUACAGUAUUAGCACAGAUUAUGUUAUAGUUCUUACAUAUUAGUAGAUUUUUGCUGUCUAUUAUGGUACAACUUUUAACAGCAAAUUUGUAUGUAGUAAUAUAAUUUAAAAACAGGUAUAAUUAAAUUUAAUGUUGCCUUGCAGAAAGUAUUACAAUAUUGAUAUAUUGUAGUUUUUAGAAAAUAACAAAAAUACAUUUUGGUACAUAGAACAUACCUAAGCAUCACAAAGUAUACCUCAUUAUUUUUAAUAAAAAUAUUUUGUUCACAUAACUUUAAGGACUAUGUAUUUUGCAUAAAUUUAAGUACAUUACAAAGGUUUUUUUUAUUAUUAUUUGUAAGUUUAAAUGACUGAAACCAAAAUUAAAUGACCAUUUCAGUUAUA